AUGCAUUUCUCUUCUGCUGCACUCUUCGCCCUUUGCUCUAUCAGCGUGACCCAGGCGGCGCCUCUCGCCAACCCCGAGAAUGAAGACCUCGCCCGCCAUGCAGCUUAUUCCGUGGUCAAUGCCGAUGGAGACUCUUCUUCCAGCUCAGUUGCAAGUGAAGUCGGUACAGUCUUCGAAGUAUCCACAGUCACUGCUCCUGGUGCCCCGCCGGUCCAGGUCACUGUGACUGUGACUGCCACCCCUUCAAGCGCAGCCUACUCUUCGACUCCCGUGGCUAGCUCUACUCCGUGCUCGGAGACUCCCGCUUCCGACUCUUCCUCUUUCUUCCGCCGGGGCCUGAGAGCAGCUGGCCAGCCUGCUCUAUUUGCUCGCGAGUACUCUAGCUCCUCUUCUGCCUAUCCCACUGCCUCUGCCUCCGAGUCUCUCUAUGCUCGUGGCUGGUACUCGGCUGCUUCUGGUACUCCUUCUGUUGCCACUCCUGCCGCUUCGUCCACUGCGCUUGUGGCUCGCGGCUUCGGUGAUUGGUCCUCCUCCGCUUCGGUUUCGCCUUCUUCUUCCAGCCUGAGUGCGUCCGCUUCCGCUACUCACCUCGCCGCUCGUGGCUGGUACUCUUCUGUUGCCACUCCGUCUGCCUCGGCAACUUCCCUUGUGGCUCGUGGCUUUGGUGAUUGGUCUUCUUCUGCUUCACCCUCCAGCUCCAGCGUCUCUACUUCAGCUGCUCCCCUGGCUGUCCGCGGCCCCUACGGCUGGUACUCCCCUGCCCCCAGUGCUUCUUCCGUCGCCACGCCUUCUGCCUCUUCAGGCCUUGUGGCUCGUGGUGUCCGCAGCUGGGGCUCCUCCAGUGUGUCUUUGCCUGUCUCCAGCACCUUCGCUGCGUCGGCGACUCCCGUGGUCUACUAA